GAUGGAACAGCCUCAUAAAGCAUUAUGGGUAACUUUUCUCUCUCUUUCCGGUUAGUACGCCAUCAAGUGAGGCAUCAUGGGAGCGUACAAGUACAUGCAGGAGCUCUGGAGGAAGAAGCAGUCGGAUGUGAUGAGGUUUCUGCUGCGCGUGCGGUGCUGGCAGUACCGUCAGCUGUCGGCCCUUCACCGGGCCCCGAGGCCCACCAGACCCGAUAAAGCCCGCCGGCUGGGAUACAAGGCCAAGCAGGGCUACGUCAUCUACCGCAUACGUGUGCGCCGUGGAGGCCGCAAGCGCCCCGUGCCUAAAGGUGCCACCUACGGCAAACCCGUGCACCACGGCAUCAACCAGAUCAAGUUUGCACGCAGCCUGCAGUCCGUAGCCGAGGUAUGUGAGCAGCCUGAGAGGCGAUCUGCUGUUAGACGCACUGACAUCUUGCUACUUCAUUCAGUGAAAGUGAUCGACAAUGCUCUCAGGUUUUAAAUGUAUGUGGGCACU